CUUUCUUCAUCUUGGAUUUCAGUAUUCCCAACCAGUAGGACCUGUGUGUUCUUUGAGGCUCCUGGAGUACGAGGAAGCACAAAGACACUGGGGGAAGUGCUAGAUGAAAGACCAGGCCCCCCUAAGAGUAUCCGCUGCCUCUAUAGCCAUUGCUGCUUUGGCAUCUGGAAUCUGACCCAUGGCCGGGCACAUGUGGAGAUGCAAGGAUGCCGAGACAGUGAUGAGCCAGGCUGUGAAUCCCUCAACUGUGACCCAGUCCCCCGAGCCCACCCAAGCCCCACCUCCACUCUCCUCACAUGCUCUUGUGGCAGUGACUUCUGCAAUGCCAAUUUCAGCCAUCUGCCUCCUUCAGGGAACCAAGGGGCUCCUGGCCCCCAGGACCCCCAGCCUACCACAGGUGGGCCCAUCUGGAUGGCACUGCUGCUGCUGGGGAUGUUCCUCGUGCUGCUGCUGGGCAGCAUCAUCUUGGCUCUGCUACAACGAAAGACCUGUGGAGUGUACGGUGGGUCAGACCCAGAGCCAGCCUUAGGCGAAGACUGCAGUGAGGAGUUGCCAGAGCUAGCUGAGCUGUGCUUCUCCCAGGUGCUUCAGAAAAGGAGGGUAAUUCAAGAAGGAGGUCAUGCAGUCGUGUGGGCCGGGAGACUACAGGGUGAGAUGGUAGCUAUCAAGGCCUUCCCCCCAAGGGCUGUGGCCCAGUUCCGAGCUGAGAGAGCUGUGUACCAGCUGCUGGGCCUACAGCACAACCACAUUGUCCGCUUUAUCACUGCUGGCCAGGGGGGUCCUGGGCCCCUGCCCUCUGGGCCUUUGCUGGUACUGGAACUGUACCCUAAGGGCUCCCUGUGCCACUACUUGACUCAGUACACCAGUGAUUGGGGAAGUUCCUUGAGGAUGGCUCUGUCCCUGGCUGAAGGCCUGGCAUUUCUCCAUGAGGAGCGCUGGCAGGAUGGCCAAUAUAAACCAGGUAUUGCCCACCGAGACCUGAGCAGCCAGAAUGUCCUCAUUCGGGAAGAUAGGUCAUGUGCCAUUGGAGACCUGGGACUUGCCUUGGUGCUCCCUGGCCUUGCUCGGCCCGCUGCCUCAGCGCCUACUCAACCCCAAGGCCCAGCUGCCAUUUUGGAGGCUGGCACCCAGAGGUACAUGGCUCCAGAGCUCUUGGACAAGACUCUAGACCUACAGGACUGGGGCACAGCCCUCCAGAGAGCAGAUGUUUAUUCUCUGGCUCUGCUCCUAUGGGAGAUCCUGAGCCGCUGUUCCGAUUUGAGGCCUGACCGCAGACCACCACCUUUCCAACUGGCCUAUGAGGCAGAACUGGGCAGCGAUCCCAGUGCCUGUGAGCUCUGGGCAUUGGCAGUAGAGGAGAGAAGGCGCCCCAACAUCCCAUCUACUUGGAGCUGCUCUGCUACAGACGCUGGGGCACUGAGGGAGCUCCUAGAAGACUGCUGGGAUGCAGACCCGGAAGCACGACUGACUGCUGAGUGUGUGCAGCAGCGCCUGGCGGCCCUGGCUUACCCACAGGUGGCUUCCUCCUUCCCAGAGAGCCAUCCCAAGGCCUGUAUCCCUCUCUGCCCAGAAAGCUGUCCUUCAGCACCUGCCUCUGCCACUGUCCCCUGCAGGCCUCAGCAGGGUUCCUGCCACCUCAGUGUCCAGCAGGCCACUGGCUCUAUGAGUCCUCAGCCUGUUAGUACCAGUGUUUGCGUGUAAAUGAGCAGUUUGUAUGAACUCUAAUACAGCUAACAUACAUGCGGCGAUCACAUACCUGUUGCUGUCAUUCUCUGUGGGUUUCUAACCCCUGGGGUAUAUGUGCUCAGGAAAGAGAAUAAAGGUUUCCUGGUGUUGGCCUUGG